UUGGUUCAUUGCUCUUAGUUUUUACGGAAGCAAUAGCAUUUGAAUUUAUCGAUGAGAGCCGAGUAGAAACCAUAAUUUUAAGCCGAUUUAUUCAACAUCACAUGCGGGCGUAGUUUCCAAUUGAAACACUGAAGGCGUCUACCAAAACAAGUGACGGACGUCCCACCGAAGACAGGGGCACGGGAAUUGGGAACUGCGCUUCUCUCAACACUUCGAUUCCCGUGUUACAUGACUAGACAAAACUAGCCUGAUACAUCCCUCGAGAGUAAUCGGCCAGAUCACUAAACAACACAUAUUUUCAGACAAUUCAGUCUACGCACGAAUCUCGAACCAAACUGAUAAAAGGCUUCCGAUAGACUCUGCUUUUCGUCUUCUAUUCGUAAAAUAGAAAAAUAACAAAAAAAAACAGAAUAGAAUAUGAUCAAUAUCAAAAGCCGUAUUAGCUUUCACAAAAAAUUAGAGUAAUAUUAAUUGAUCCUGUGCCCGUACAGAUAUGAAAACGCAUAAAAUAUUUGUAGAACGUAAACACAUAGAGGAACAAUAACGACUUCGUAUUUUCGUGUGUUGUACUGCCAUAAACAUCCGCAAUGCUAAUUGUCCUGUAUUAAAACAAUGAGAUGCAUUAAUUGCAAUGGAAAAUCAUAUUAUGAAGUAAUUCUGUCAAAGCUUGAAAUUUCACGCUAACCCUUGCCCGCCCCAGCUAGCUGGCUUACAAAGGACCUUGUAUUCAGCCAACCUCAUCAACAGCGAAGACAUAACGAAGAAGACAGAAGCUAUAGUGUGAGUCAUCCGAAUAAGCUAUCGCAGCAACGAGAGAGGGACUGCGUAGGCGGAGUCAAUGAGCAAUCUUGAGAUAAAUUCAGUCCUAGUUAUUGCUGGCGUCGUAGGGCUAUGUUGUUUUAUGGUACUUGUUUCUACAGCAAACGUCUGAAACUAUGCUGGACAGAGCCGGACAACCAUCUAGGAAACGUUAUCUUCACGAUGACGACCGCUGUCGAAACGGGACGUGUCGCAAGAAGAAAAGGUUCGAUGGGCAAGACGUACGUAUCGAGGAUGCUGGAAACGACAGUCAGGUCAAUGCUGGCGUGAAGUGGACAAUAGGAUGUGAACUGUUUACACUUGGUGAUAAUGUUAUCCUUUGUGGAGGUAAACAUCGUAAUCUAUUGGGCACGGUGAUUGGUGCGGACGUGUGCAUCGUAUCUAUUCUACUCAGCCGGGAACAUUUCGGCGCAUCCCAAGCAAACGAAGUAAAACAACUUUUCGAAGUUAGUGAUCAUGUGAAAGCUUUGAACGAAUGCUACGAGAUGUAUAUGGGCGAAGUUGUUCGAGUUACAGAGGAUAUUGUUUCCUUACAUUUAGACGCAGCAUGUGUGAACUUCGGAGCGGCCAUAAAUGAGCUAUGAAUCAUAUAAUGCUUUAUAUAUGCAGUGCUCCAUAGGUACACAUUCAUCUCUGGAACGGGAGCGUGUUUGCAUGCAAGAGCUCACAUAGAGCGCACAAUAAAGCCAUCAUUUUCGAGUCCUUUAGCAUAACCUCCCAUAAAUGGUACAAUUUAGCUGUUUUUAU